AUGCGACCAACAUCGGCGUGCCUCGCGCCUGGCUUCGUCAAGCGGAGUCUGGACGAGUUCAAGCGCCUCUCCAACUUCGCACUCAAGCUCGAGGGCCUGCGCUCCCCGUCCAAGCCCUUUCCGCUUAUGCACUUCGACCACGCUGAGGAUCUGGAACGAUGCAAGCGCAUGAGCGACAAAGACAUCGGCGGCUUCUCCACCGUCAACUUCGACCACCAUCCUGUCUCCCAGACGGAACCCCCCCACGUCCGCUUCCAUGGCACCAUAUCCACACAACUGCCACACAACCAGCCACACAUCCAAAGAACGGGCUAUGCCGGAUGGAGGACACUUGAUCGAGGCUCCACCAUCUUUGGCAAGUCCCUGUGGGACGUGAGCAUGUACAACUUCCUCGCAAUCCAGUUCAAGUCGGACGGCCGCAAGUACUUUGUCAAUGUGCAGACCGAGUCGAUUGUUCCUACAGACAUCCACCAGCACCUGCUGCACUCCAAGACACCUGGCGAGUGGGAAACCAUUUUAAUCAGGUGGAACGAGUUCGUGCGGACGAACCAUGGGCAGGUCGUAGAGCCACAGAGGGAGAUGUUGACACAGAAGGUGAGGACGGUGGGCAUAUCCUUGAUAGACCGUAUACCGGGGCCCUACGAUCUGAGCAUUAGCAAGAUUUGGGCAACAAAUGCGACAAACGAGGACGAAUUUCUGAACAGCGCUCCUGUGCCGCGUUUGCAGUCAAGUGCGAACGAUCUCAAGAAGGUCGCGAGGAAAGACUCAGGAUUUGGCCAUGCGUCACGGGAAACAGUUGCAUAG